GCCGAAUCUUGCAGGAUUCUGCAAGGCCUGACUGACCUGGGUCUGGAUUGACCCCAGGUUAAAAGAUCCCCGGAAGAAGGUCCCAAAACAGGCCAAGAGGCCUCCAAGACGGCCCAAUAGGUCUUCCGUAGCCAUUUCGGCUCAAGCUGCAGCGGCAGCAGCGCCAUCGGGGCUGUCACAAUUAAGGACAUCCUCUGCACAACAUAUCCAGUUUCCGAACUUUUCUUCGCGACAAUGACGCACGGCUUGUAUGCGUGCCUUAUUGUCUUACUGUUGCCGAGCGUAAUUACCUGCGUCCGCUUUUCAAAAUCGAUUGGGGUCGAGUCUCAGAAUGCGCUUGCCUCGUCAAGUGUGCCAGUGGCGCUGGCGACGGAGACGUCGUGCGGCGGCUACGGGUGGGUCAUUCCGAGUGGGAACCAUAAUCCGAAUUGGGGGUGCCCAUCUGGAGUAGAGAUCUGCGGCCAUUUCGGUUCGUACACCGUCUUUUCGGUAUCUCAGACGCUCCAUGGGUCCGGCUCUGCGACAAUUGAUUUCCAAAACACUUGGGGCACCGACGGCUUCAGAGGGGUUGUGAGGUUGUAUUUGAAUAACAAUCUCCAAAGGACUUUGACGAAAUAUGAAAGGGCUUCGGUGACUCUGAACUUCGUGAGUGGCGAUGUUCUUAAGGUCGAUGAGUGGGAUACCGUCCUAGCAGUGCACAGCGUCACGUUCAGUUGCCCGACGCCGUCCCCCACGCCGAGUCCGACGCCGAGUCCCACGGAGGCGCCCAUCAACAGCGGCCCAAUGGUCAAGGGCAUCGGCGACCCGCAUCUCGCCAACACGCUCGGCCAGAAGUUUGACCUGCUUCAGGCUGGGUACCACACUUUGGUUCAAAUCCCCAGGUGGGAGCGGCGUCGGAUUAAUUUCCUCGUGGAGGCGAGGGCGAGUCGCGCUGGGAGUGGGUGCGCUGAUCUAUAUUUUACGGAGGUCAACAUCAGCGGCACGUGGGCUCGUCGUCACAGGGCAACGGGCUUGCGUUGGGACGCCGAGGCUACGAGGCUGGCCAAACCAACAUGGAUGACCUUCCACAAUGUGGUCAAGGUCAAAAUUGUACAUGGCCGCACAGCCCAGAACACGAAAUACCUCAACAUCUUCAUAAAGGGGCUGCACGAGACAAGGGUCCCAGUGGGUGGCCUCCUCGGGGAGGACGACCACACUGCGGCCACCACCCCAGACAAGGGUUGCAAAGACAUCAUGACGCUGUGAGUCUUCUCCCGCCCGGGUCCCAAAGUGCAGAGUGUUUGCGGGACGAGGCUCCAGGAAGCUGGCGGGGUCGGCCGUGGUGGAGGGUCGGGGAGGAUCCAUCUCUCGUUCGAGUGCCGUGUGGGAUACAUAAUGCGGGGGCAGUUAAUUGCAUGGCGCUGCAGCCCAGGGUAGCAGCGCCUUUCACGCAGCAGUAUCCAGCGAGCUGCAGCCCAAGGUAGCAGCUCAUGUACAGCGCUGGACUGUGGUCUUGUACUACAAGAACUGAGAUACACAGUUGCUUUUUUGUUCGUUUUGAUCCCUAGCCCUAUCUUCCGAGGCGGCCUUCAAUCGGUCGUGUUUACCCUCCAUCCUACCGCAUUUUCAUUCUCAGCGCGCGUUUGGUGCAGCUCGCGGUUGGCGCGCAUUUGGCGCGUCGGCUUCUUCGCCGUCGGGUAACUGACUUGUUCCCUGACUGCCAGAAAGUGCGGCAAGAAAACGGCCCAAUAGGUCUUCAAGAGGCCUCCCAGGAGUGCCCGGAGAGGCCAACACCAUUGACCAUCCGUAGGUUUUUGAAGAAGUUGGAGGUUCUCGCAUGUUCAGGUUGGGGUGGCCUUCGCUGUGAUGUUCCUGCGGGCCCGAUCGGCCGCCCCCGUCCGCGAGAGCCCAGCAGGCGAGAGCGGAGGGCCCCGUGCGGCGCCCGCGCGUGGCACCGCCCGGGCCACGAGAGGUGUGCGCGGGCUGCUCUUGCCGCGGUGGGAGCUCGGCAACAGAGCAGCCUCCUCCCCGAUCCCCCAUCCGCCCCUCCAUGCCCCUCCCCCUGACCCCUCCAUUCCCCCCUUCCCCGCCUGCCUUCCCCCUCCCUGCCUCCACUCAGCCAUACCCCCCGCCCCGUCCGCCUGGCCAUUCCAAGGGCCUCGUGCUAAGUAGCAGAGGGCUGAGGCGCACUGACCUCCAUGGGUGUUCUAAUUACUAAUACUAUGUGUGCGUCGCCCCCCCCAGGGGCGACGCGCGCGCCGAGAAAUCUGACAGUACAUGCGUCGUGGCGGGCGUUUUCCGGCGACAUCGUUCGGAAAACGAUCUACUACAAGAUGGACC